AUGCCGUCCUUCUUCCUGGCGGUGAUGAUCCUUGGGCUUCCCCUCAACCUGCUCUCCCUCUCGGUUUUCUUCCACCGGCUGCGCUGGACCCGCAGCACGACGUUCCUCUUCAACCUGACCCUGGCCGACACCUCGUGGCUGCUGGCCUUGCCUUACCUCAUCAACUACCACCUGGACCGGCUGUACUGGAAGCUGGGGCUGCCGCUGUGCAUGGCCGUGAGGAUGUUCUACCACAACUACUUCUACCUCAGCAUCUUCUUUGUCACGUGCGUUAGCGUGGACCGGUACCUGGCCAUCGUGCACCCUCUGCGCUCCAUGGUGCUGCUGGGCCGGAGACAGACCAGCCUGCUGUGCGUGGCGGUGUGGGCGGCCUCGCUGAUCCUCAGCGCGCCCGUCGUGGGCAUGAGUCGGAUCCAGACCUGCCCCGGGAGCAACCGCACCGUGUGCCCCCUGUACAUGCUGCUGAGUGAGACCGGCGAGAGCCUCCCUUACUCCCUCCUCUGUUCCACAGUGGGCUUCCUCCUCCCGCUGCUCGCCAUCAGCUACUGCGGCCUGCGCAGCGUCAGCGAGCUGAGUCGGCGGCCGUGCUGCCGCGACCCGCUGGGCAAGAAGCGGCGGCGGCUGCGGCGGGUGCUGAGCGCGGCGCUGGUUUUCUUCGCAGUGUUCUACCUGCCCUACCACCUGAGCCGUAACGCGGCCAUCGUGAUGCGGGCGGUCUACCCCCGCAGCCCCGCCUCCUGGCGGCGCGCAGACUCGGCCAUCGCCCUGGAGAUGGCCUUUUGCAGCCUCAUCACCUGCGUGAACCCUCUGUUCAGCUGCUUCAUUGGCCGCCAGUUCAGGAAGGAGUUUUGGGGCGCUUUUGCCGGGCUGGUUUCACGGUGCCCGUGCACGCAGGUGGCCUCAAUGAGUUCCAAACGGACCCGGAUGACGGGGAGGAAAAGGCCGCGGAUGUCUGCUGUCGCACCUGCGUGCGCACCUGGAUCCUGAUGAGCUGUGAAGAUAGCUCGAUAACGUUCUUUGAAAACUACACGGACAACCUCUCCAUGUCCUUUGUGUAAUCACCUGUUUUUAUUUGAAUGGAAAAAUAUAAUAAAUAC